GAACAUUUAGUGGAAAUGGAAACCCAUACAAAUAAAUAGAUAGAUUACUAUUCGUCUUCUCGAUUUCGCGCGAAAGACAGGAAGAAGCUGUAGCAGUGGACGAGAAGCAGCAAUGGCCGCUGUACAGUGCACAAGCUUCUGCAAACCAUUUAGCACCACAAGAGCUUUCUCCCCUUCUUCAUUUACCCUUUCAAUUUCCCGUACGAGUUAUCCCACUUUGAAAGCUUCCAGUUCAUUGCUGAACCUCUCGAUCUCCAGGUCGAAUAGGGUUGUUCCGGCUGUGAUUGCAGAAGAGAGUGCUGAUGGGGCGACUGUUUCUGCCACUGAUGCGUUCAAUCUAACUUAUCUGGAGGGAAAUAGUUGGUUGUGGGAAGUGGGCGGAUUAAGCAUUUUGGUAGAUCCUAUUUUGGUUGGUAGUCUUGAUUUUGGUAUCUCAUGGCUUUAUGAGGCCUCAAAGAAGAUAUUGAAGAAUUUCCAGUUGAGUGAACUUCCUGAAUUUGACUGCUUGCUCAUUACACAAAGCCUUGAUGAUCACUGCCAUUUGAAGACCUUGAGGCCUCUCUCUAAGAAGUCCCCAAAUGUAAAGGUUAUAGCAACUCCAAAUGCAAAGACACUGUUGGAUCCACUUUUCAGCAAUGUCACUUAUCUAGAACCUGGUCAGAGUUCAGUUGUUGAAGCAAAAAAUGGUUCUCAAGUACUCAUUAAAGCCACUGCCGGACCAGUACUAGGUCCUCCUUGGCAGCGUCCUGAGAACGGGUAUCUUGUUGUUUCUCCCCAAGGCCAGCUGACUCUUUAUUAUGAACCUCAUUGCUCUUACGACAAGGAAUUUUUGGGGAAAGAAAGGGCUGAUAUUGUCAUCACACCUGUGAUAAAGCAGCUUCUUCCCUAUUUUACUCUCGUUUCUGGACAAGAAGAUGCAGUUCAGCUUGCAAAGCUACUGCAUGCAAAAUUCAUCGUGCCAAUGAAUAAUGGAGAUAUGGAUAGCAAAGGGCUUCUUGCAAGCUUAAUCAGUGCGGAAGGGACAAUUGGAUCUUUCAAGGAAUUAUUGUCAAGGGAGCUUCCAGAGGCAGUUGUCUUGGAGCCUACACCUGGGGUACCACUUAACAUUUCUCCAUCUUCAGAUCAAGCGUGAGUACCUGGUUUUUCAAUAAUGAAAACUCACCUUUUGAAUGUAUACAAUUUAUUCAUGAUGAUGGAAUCUAGUGAAGCCUGGUUUUUUUUCCAGCAUUAAUCGGUUUCAUAGUAAAGGAAAGAUUUCUACUU